AUGGCCAAAAGAAUGUUUGUUGUCUUUAAUAUUAAAAAACAAAAAUUAGUUGUUACCAAUUCCUCGUCAACUACAACACUGGAAUCUGAAAAUGAAGAUUUAAAUAUUGGUUUAGACAUUGAUAUAACUACACAAAAAAGUGUUGAAAAUAUUGUAGAUAAAAAUGUCAUUUCCGACUUGGGAACUUUAAUAAUAGGCCUUGUGUGACCAAUUUUAACAGUAAGUACAAAUGUAGGUAAACACUAAACAUAGUUUAAGUUAUUAUAUUAUAUUUAAAUUAAAAAAAUGUAAUCUUAAAACCAAAUAAUCAAGUCAAAUAAUUCAAGAUGAACUUAUAAAUAUACGUGCAGAUGUUGUAAAAGAUAUUGAAGACGUUAAGGUGUUUGGAAUUAUGUGUGAUGAAACAAAGGUGAAAUAUAAAUUAUGUUUUAUACAUGGACUUCUUAAUUCAUUUUUAUUAAAUUAAUUUAUAGGUGUUACAAACAAGAACAAAUGGCAUUAUGUGUAAGGUAUGUUAAAAAUCUAUAUGUUGUUGAGAGAUUUCUUGGUUUUAUAGAUAGUUCUAAGAAUCAAGAUGCUGAAAGUUUAUAUCAUUACAUAUUAUGGUACCUGAAAAAGUGUAAACUUCUAAACCACAAAUAGUUGCUUAGUCAUAUGACGGUGCAAAUGUUAUGUCUGGGAAAUUUAACGGACUACAAAAUAAAAUAAAAAAUCAAUAUCCUUACGCUAUUUAUACCCACUGUAUGGCUCAUAUAGUAUGUGUAAAUAUUUAAAGGUAAUGAAUAUUUAUAUACAUCUUAGAUCUUCAUGAUUUUAUUUAUUACUUAUAUUAAUAUUAGGAAACAAGGCAUGUGUUCAAAACUUUAGAAUCCCUGUACUUACAUUUUUCUCAUCUGUCAAAAAAAUCAAAAAUUAACUGAGAUUCAAACUUAACUAGGAAUAAAACAUAUGACAAUGAUUAGACUUAGUGACACUAGUUGGAAUUGCCGUUAUUGAAAUAUAAAGUCUGUUUAAAACAGUUAAAAAGUAAUUAUUCAAGCUUUAGAAGAAGAAAUUAAAAAUGAAGAUUAUAGAGGAGUAAAUGAAGCAAUGGUAUAAUAUAAUAAGUAAUAAUUAAUGAUUCAAAGUAGUUAAAUUCCAAUAUAUUUGAUUUAGGUAUAUUAAAAAAUUUGAAAAGUGGACGAUUUAUAGUUUAUUUAUUUAUUUAUCUUACAUAAAGUAUUAAUAUUAAUAUUGUUUCUAACAAAUUUUCAGAAAAAAAUGUAACCUUAGGGGAGUCUAAAUAUAUUAUUGAAGGUGUGAUGAUGACUUUUAAAAAUUCUAGAACAACAUAGUAUUUUUCUAAGCUUUGGUGAGAAAUAGAAAUCUUUGCUAAAUACAAUGAAAUAUCAAUACAAACGCCAUCUAAAGGUAAGAUUUAAUAAACAUAUUAUAUUCAUUUAUAAUUAAAAUAAUUUUAAGUUAAUAUUUACUUAACUAGGAUGCAAAAGAAAAAGAUCCACACAAUCUUGAAUAUUUUGUUCCUACUGCAACCACAAGUGCUGAACAAAACAUUAAUGACACUAUUGAAACUAUUGAUAAUUAUUUUAGAAAAAAUGCUUUCUUUCCUGUAUUUGACGCUAUCUUGAUAAAUCUGGAAAAAACAUUUUCUACUGAAAGCCUCCAAAUGACUACAGCUGUUGAUCAAUUUUUUCAAUUAAACUUUGAGGAAAGUCAUUUUUUUGUAGAUCAUUAUAAAGUAAAGUAAGUAUCGUAUCGGUUUCUGAAAAAUAAUUUUUUCUUACCUAUGCUCUAGUUUUCUAGUUUUAUUAAAAGUGAACCUGUAUUUUGUAUAUUUUUCAGGAUUUGAUGAAUGUAUUUAAAGAUGUAUUACAGUCAGAAAUAGAAGUGGCUAAGAAUUGUAUAUUGCAGUCUACUGAUGAAAAUUAUAUAACUUUAAAUGAUNCUUUAACAAUUCCUAUAAGUUCCUCCAUUUGUGAAAGGAGUUUUUCGGCUAUGCGUAGAAUAAAAACUUGGCUUCGAACUUCUUCUGCUGCAGGAAAGGCUCAACAACACCUCAAUAUUAUAUAUUGAAAAAGAAAUUUCUAAAUCUAUUAAUACUGAAACAAUUGUUAAUAUAUUUGCAUAAAAAAAUAGAUAUAUUCAAUUAAAAUAAAAAUAAUUUAGUA